CCGAAGACCAGCCACUCGUCUGCGAAGCGAAUGGGCCGAGGGGGCCCAACGGGCAUUGGUUGCCGGCAUGAAGAAUGGGCUUGAACGGCACCUUUCCGGGUCUCGUCCUACCUGAAAUCGGCCCUGGACAGGGGACUGCUGCUCUCCCGUGCCUCCCACACUCGCCCUAAGCAUGCACUGGUACUAGCCCCGAGAUACGAUCCCCAUUAGGUGCCUUGCUAAGGCGCCAGCGCCAUCUCUACCCCUGGCCAUCCAUCAAUCACGCCUGGGCCUCGACGCCUCCUCAGUCCCUAGACUACCUACUUACCCACUGACUACCUCUUUAACUAAAAGGAACUCACUUCCCCAGUUUAGGCCCCGAGUCAAAAGUUCCCCCCGGCUUUCGAUCCUCGAUCCGCGUCCAAUCCUAGCAGAUUCUAUCGAACCCAUCCUGCCCAUCCAACACUGGUCAUCGCUUCACCAAGUUCUAUCCUAGCUGCAUUGUGGAAAAACCCUUAGUCCCGUCACCUUGGUUGCAUCACUUGAUACAUCUGCGACUGCUCACUUGUCCACUACCUCCUGCACGCCGCAUCUCUCAAACCACGCUGCACGAGGCGCUCUUCGCGUCUGGUCAGGUUCCAAUGACAACCUGGCCUGCCAGCCAUGAUACCAUUCACCUCUCCCGCCGCGCAUCCGCCGACACGAUCUUGAUCCGCCAUGUCUGAUGGCCGCUAUCCAGACCCAGUCUCCGACUUGCACCUCACCCAAUCAACGCGACUAGGCCAAUUGCAAAGAGUUGUCGCUCCCUUUGGUGCCAAAUACAAUGGUCGUUGGAUCCACGACGACCAUGACCGCGACCAAAGUCAAAUCAGUACCAUCCCAUCCUCCAGUUCUCCCUCUCAACCACGGGUGACAACUCAUCGAACCGGUCUUCCAAUCAAUGCCGUCGACAUCAACAAGGAAGGAACACAUGCCGUGUUGGCAGGCCCUGAAAUUCUCAAAAUAAUACGAUGUCGAGAUGGCAAUAUCACUGACGAGUUGAAUAUCCGGUCUGCCGUUGGUGCGCACAACUCCAUCCAUCCAUCCCCGCAGCUCGGGUCCGACAUACAACGAAGAGAGUAUCUCCCUGCAAGAGAUGUCCGUUGGUCCACUGGCGACUACAAGCACAUUAUAGCAACCGCCGCCAACAAUGGCCGCAUAUCUCUAUAUGAUGUCAACAGUCCGAGAAUUGAGCUGCGGCGCUUCCAUGAGCACGCCAAUCAGAUCAACAAACUCGACUUCGACCCUUUCGCCGGAUACUACCUCCUAUCGGCUAGCCAAGACAAGUCGGUCAGGUUAUGGGAUGUGCGCGCCGGCAAACCCGACCGCUCGCAUUCACGUUUCGAACCCCGAGUCCCUGUGAGAGACGUCAAGUGGUCUCCCGUGGAGCUCUUUGACUUUGCUGUCUGCACCGACGGUGGGGUCGUCCAGCUCUGGGACGCAAGAUCUCCUCUGGGCCCCAAAUUGAGCAUCAACGGCCAUGAGAAGGCCUGUUACUCCAUCGACUGGCACCCUGACGGUCGACACAUCAUAUCUGGAGGCUUCGAUCGAUAUAUACGUGUUUGGGAUUUCCAACUCGACAAUAAACGACAGAAGCCCGUCUUUCAGUUUCGGGCACCAUGCGCCAUUCGCAACAUCACUUGGAGACCGGCCACCAAGCCCUCUGAAGGAACCGAAUCUGCUUAUUGGCAAAGCACUCAAAUUGCCGUCACAUACCACAAAGACGACCCACGCAUUCAUGUCUGGGACCUCCGGCGCCCCUGGCUUCCCUUCCGCGAGCUGGAUCGAUAUAAUCUCCCCGUCAAUGACAUCCUCUGGGCCAACAAGGACGUCCUUUGGACUGUUGGAGAAGACGGACUCUUCACUCAUUGGGAUCUUCAGAGGUCCACUCCAUUCUACAACGAGCUCCCCCCCUCAACAUCGGCCUUCAUGCCUGAUGGAGAAUGCUAUUCCUUCUCCGAAGAAAGAGUACUUCGUCGAGGCUCUAGCUUGGAUGACCCAGCACUCGGCUUCCUUAGUGUUCCGCAGGACAAGCUGAGCAGCGGCGAGGAUCCCACGGCCAGCCGCAGUCUGACUGACGAUGAAGGCACCCUCGAUUCAGCGCAUCGACGGCAAGAAAGAACUGGAAUCUCCGCAAGAUCAACCAAGUCGCAAGCCAAUAGUCCCCCCUCAGUAGAUGACAGACCUGCAGUCCUUGCACUGGACAAGUCAGUAUUUCAACCCCACGACAUGUUUCACAACAAUCAGGUCGGCGCGGUCAGCUUCGUGCCAGGGCUGGUUGCAGAAUCAAACGUCGUGGCCUUUCUAGCCGCCAACUACACCUCUCCCUCCCUGAUCGACGAAAGAGCACAGUCUCCUGACCAAAUCCUUGAACGACUGAGUGCAGCAUUCCACCAAAAUGCUAAUGCCUGUGACGCUGUCUCCAUGCAUCGAAUGGCACAAACCUGGAGGGUUUUAGAGACCGUCAUCGUUCCUGAGCUCAAAGACUGGGCAGAUACCAACAGGAGGAGACGUAGGGCAGAUGCUGCGAAAAGGAGAGAUACUCUGGAGAGCUUUCGAUCUGGCUCGAAUCGCUCUGCGCCUUCUCCGCUGGCAGGGCUACCAAUCAGAGGCAAUCCGAGGGAAGGCUCCAAAUCGCAGAAUCUGAGAAGUCAUCUAUUCAAGAACAAACUCGAAGCAGAGUUCCCCACUGCCGCUUCCGAGAGCGAGAGUACUUCCAACAUGACAACUCCAUUGGCCAAACCGAUUCCGAUUUCCUCGCCGUCAGGGCGUAAGCGGUGGAGCCACUUUUCGGCUGACGAAGAUAUUGACGAUCUUCCACCACUGCCACCAUCAGUUUUGAGUUCUCAUACGACUGCUGCCGCUGCCUCCCGUGCACUAGUCGAUAGUCCCGGUCGUGGUAAACGGUCAGAGUCAAACUCUCCAGAAGUCAUCAGAACUCCACAGCCCAAAUCGACAGACAUCACAGAUGUUUCACCGAGGCAGCUCGUGUCUCCGAAACAGAAGAUAACGGGCCAAUCAGAUCCACAGCAUAGUAAAGAUAUCCCUAUUGACAAGCGAUUAUUGUCGCCCCGUGUCACCAACCAGGAAGACCGUCGAGCUGCGCUGAGGGACUAUAAGAUACAGGCUCGACCAAUUUUUUCAUUGGAUGAAUCAAGUAGCAGUCCAGCCGUUCAGCCAAGAAAUGGAUCUGGGGACAGUUUCCAGAUGUUCUCUGCGUCUACGGACAGCUCCCAGAAAGCAAGAUCGCUGGGCCAAUCCUUCGAGUCCCCUAACUCGUUGGGUGCACGGUCUCAGAUUCCGAAGCACGGCACAUCCGAAUCCGAUGACGACGAAAUUGAAGAUUCCCAGAUGGAUCUAUCUUUCGAGGAUUCGCACAGAUCACGAGAAGCACGGCGGUUACCUAGGUCUAAUGGCACAUCUCGUAAUCGAAUUGAGACUGUCGCAGCUAGUGACACCGCUCUCGAAAUGAGCUUUGGGACCGACGGCUCGUUCGACGCAAGAGAAAGGUCCAAAAGCGGAUUUCGCAAGCCAGCCUUGCUGACCGACCCUCGAUCCAUUACAUCUUCCGAACUUAAUACCACCCUAUCGUCGCCGCAUGACAUCUUUGAAUUCGAGGAAUUGAGUUCAGUGCCCAAGUCUCGCAUCCAUACCACCAAUCCAUUGCAUGUAACCGAGACACUGGACAAGUCCGGUGAAGGGGGAAGUCGCCCUCGUGAAGUACUGGCAGCUCGCAUUCCCAUGCAUGAGCUGGAUCACCCAACCUAUCUGCUGCAAGACUUCCGGCCGAUCGAUCUGUUCAUCUACGAACCCAAGUCGCCAUUUGCCUGGUCUUCAUUACCGCUAGUCUGUCAGAGCAUUGCAUUCGAUGUGGAAAACGGGAUUGGGCAUGCACAAUUUGCUGUCCACCUCCUCAUGCAUCUACAUCCGUACUUCUUCCACCCGAGCUUUCGAGAACUCAAAUUUGUGGGCCCUCGACAGGGAGAAAGUCUUGCCGAUAGGCUGAUGAUUCCACAUCUGGGACAUCGGAUCAUCGAGAGUAUCUUGGAGAACCAUCUCACGUUUUUGAAGCAGAGCGGGAUGGUGGAAUCUGCUGCCAUGCUUCGUAAAGUGUGCGUAGAGUUCCAGUACCCUCGGCUAUACUCUGUUCCGGAUGGAGACAAGCCAACAGCACAUGUACUUACUGGUGGAGAUGCAUUCAGUCUGUCCAUGGUCUGUCACCGCUGCAACGCGCCAUUGCCACAACAGCAGACCAUGUGUGAUCGGUGCCGAACCGUGCGACCUGCGUGCCCAGUCUGCCUUUCAGUGCACGGGGAUGACGUGGUCCCUGGCCCUAGAGGCACGGGCACAUGGCAAGAAGGGCUUCUUCUUACAGCCAACAUCUGGGGGUUCUGUCAUGCAUGUGGGCAUUCAGGACAUGUUGGGUGUCUUGACGAAUGGUUCUCACAACCGUCUAGCCACGGCACCUGCCCCAGUCCCGGUUGUGGCUGCGACUGUGGACCAGGCUUGACACGAGAGUUGCGGAUUCAACAACAGAUGAAGCACGAGGAAGAGAUCCGAUUGAUUCGAGGCAGCAGUAACGAUGCUGGAGCCACUCGGCGUGACUCUCUCCGGGCAGGGGUCAGCCCAGCGGUCGAUAAGGCUCGCGCAUCUCUUCGCACUAGUCUGCUAAGUGAACGGGGCACGCAGAGCGGCGAUGAACGUAGCAUUGCGAGCCGUCGAGGAUCCAGCCGCGGACGCAUGACAGGGUUCAACAGCUCACGGAAGAGCGUGCGCCUCGUCACCCCCGGAGAAGAGAGCCGUCAGGGCGAGCCAUAGGCUUUCUCACCAUUCAAGCCACCAUCAGUAUUUCUAGACGGCACUAAUGUGUCGGUCCUAUCGCUAUUUUUGAGACACGGUUCUAAGACCACUCGCAGCUUAGGGUACACCUCCACCUACGAGAGAGGAUCCAAGUAAUCUUGAUAGGAAUCAUGAAAAGAUUCAAUGUUAAGACUCAUACUUGAAGAAACUAUUGAAAUCAAGAAAAGGUUCCCCCGGCUUUGCCACGGAAUAAUGUAGCCAGGUGUGUGUGUGUGUAUAGUACCCUUCCU